CAAAGAUUGUUUCUGUUCAACUUGUUGUUAAUAUCAAUAUAUGUGACAUUAUAUUCCCCGUUUGAACGACACUAAUGUGCACACUGCAACCCCCUAGCGUUUUCAGUACAUUGUUUAACACUGGGCUGCGAAAGGCUUCAACCUCACAACUCGUCAUCCUCGCAGAGAGAGAGAGAGAGAGAGAGAGACGCCCUUCCGAAAGGGAUCCUCUUCCGUAAACGGCUGCACCGUGCAGACGCCAGCAAAAUGGCACAGAAAAACACGGCGAGGAAUCGGAAAGAGCGAAAUAGCUGGGGCGGAUUUUCAGAGGGAAGCUUCAAUUGGACAUCAGAAGAUGAAGCAGUGCAGCAAGCCAGACCAGUUCAGAUUCUUGUUGUUAAUGAUGACCAUACUUUUGAACUGGAUGAAAUGGCUCUGAACAAAAUCCUUCUUUCAGAAGAAGUUAGAGAUCGGGAAGUGGUUGCCUUAUCUGUCGCUGGUGCCUUCAGGAAAGGGAAAUCAUUUCUUAUGGACUUCAUGUUGAGAUAUAUGUACAGUCAGGAUCGCAAUAACUGGUUAGGUCAUGAUGAUGAGCCUUUGACUGGUUUCUCUUGGCGCGGAGGUUCAGAGCGAGAAACUACUGGGAUUCAGAUAUGGAGUGAAGUGUUUCUGGUAGACAAGCCUAAUGCAGAGAAGGUUGCAGUAUUGCUGAUGGACACGCAAGGGACUUUUGAUAGUCAGUCAACUCUUAGAGAUUCUGCUACAGUAUUUGCACUUAGCACCAUGAUAAGUUCGAUGCAGGUAUAUAACUUGUCACAAAAUAUUCAAGAGGAUGAUCUUCAGCACCUACAGCUCUUCACUGAAUAUGGACGUCUAGCUAUGGAAGAAACAUUUCAGAAACCAUUUCAGUCACUUAUAUUUCUAGUCCGUGACUGGAGUUUUCCAUAUGAAUUCAACUACGGUCUCGAUGGAGGCUUCAAAUUCCUAGAGAAACGUCUGAAGAUAUCAGAAAACCAGCAUGAGGAACUACAGAAUGUCAGGAAACAUAUUUAUUCUUGUUUUACAAAUAUUGCCUGCUUCCUAAUGCCACACCCUGGUUUGAAAGUGGCUACCAAUCCUAAUUUUGACGGACGCCUAAAAGAAAUAGAUGGGGAGUUUAUAAAACAUCUGAAGGUGCUGGUUUCUUGGCUCCUGUGUCCUGAGAACCUUGAGUUGAAAGAAAUCAAUGAGAAUAAAAUAACAGGUCGAGGGCUUGUGGAGUAUUUUAAGGCAUACAUAAAGAUCUAUCAAGGGGAAGAACUACCACACCCCAAGUCCAUGUUACAGGCCACAGCAGAAGCAAACAAUUUAGCAGCUGUAGCAACAGCCAAAGAUCUGUAUGGUAAAAAAAUGGAGGAGGUAAGGAAGCUACUUUAACAUGAAAGAGUCUUGUGUUGGUGCCCUUCAAAAGUAGAAGAUUUAAUCAUAUCAUGAGUGUAUAGUUGUGACAUUCCAGGUGUUUGGAGAAAAAUUGCUUGAAUACUGUUUGAAAAUGCACUAUUUGAACCUAGCUACACUGAUCAAAUUGCCAAUAGCCCUGAUUGUAAUUAUGAACAAAUAACUCUUUAGACAAUAUCCUUGUGUAAUGCGCCAAACAAACUAAAUUCCAAGUUAAUCAGCUGCUUUUCCUCUUAGUCAAAUUCAUUUCAUCCUGUUGAUUUAGACUGCAACUGGUGCCCUACUCAACACAAAUCAAUUAUUUAAUAGCUGAAAUUGGAUUUGACAGCAGAAUUUAAGGAUUACAUUGACAUAAUAACAACAAAAAAUUAACAGGGGAUGGGGGAAUAGGUGAUAAUCAGCAGGAGGUUUCCAUGCACAUAUUCCACCUGACGCCAUGAAACCUCAUGGGGUCAACAUUGAGGACUCGAGGGACGACUCCAUACCAACUCUAUCAUCACCUGUUGUGGAUCAGUUCUACCAGUGGGACAGAACAUAACCCAGGAAUGGUGAUGGUGGUGUCUGAAACAUUUUCAAUGCAGAAUCAUUCAGUGAGUAUGGCUUUGUCAGGCUCGUUUAAAGGGUUACUGUCCCAAUUUUGGCACAAGCCCCCAAAUGUAAGAUGUUGUAGCCACAGUCUGUGCAUGGCUGGUCAAAUCAUGUUUGUAUUGAAUUGUGACCAUCCUCAGAAUGUUGAUUGUGGGGAUACAGCUAGGGUCAUGGAAUUAAAUGCCAAAGACUAUUGGUUAGGUUCUCUUUUUUUUGGAGGUGACGU